AUGGAAGCAGUUCUCGGUCAAGGUGACUGCGAUUUGGUCGGUACCGACCAUCAACACGGAGCCGCAAAUGAAGAUAAACUCGUUGAAUUUUGUGCUAUGGCGAGUGAAUUCGAUGUAGGCGUGCAGCUCCGUAUCAAACAUACCCGCCACGCGUAUCUCAUCGGCAAUCUGUUGGAUCUCGGUCCCCUCGCGAUUGUCGUGCCGCAAGUCGAGAACGUCGAAACGGUGGACGAGGCAAUUAACGCAUUCUACUAUCCUCAGAUGGGAAAACGGAGUUGGGGUCCCAGCAGUGGUUACGGUAUCAAAGGCGGCAUGGACCGUCUUGCGUAUGCCGAUUGGUGGAACAAUACCGGCAUUCUCAUCUUACAGAUUGAAUCUGUUGAUGCCGUGAUUAACGUCCGUAAAUUCGCAAAACCGGGUGUGGAUAUGGUAACCUUCGGUGAGAACGACCUGAAUUUUAGUAUAGAAUCAUAUCCGAGUUCCCCGUUUCAGAACCUUCAAGAGUGCAUUGCGCACGUGCAAACGCAGUUGGCAGAUACACACGUCAAAGUAGGUGCUGGGAGUUCGCCAUCGGGUUCACUGUAA